GGUUCCUCAGUCAGACCCAAUAAAUAUCAGAUUAGAAUGCAUCCGAAUACUGACUGAUGCAGCUCAUUGAAGCUUCCCCUCCUUCAGGAAUCAAAUACAAUGAAGAUAUUCCUCUUCCUCCUCCUCGGACUGCUUGCAGUUGCCCACUCCUCUGCUUCAGCUUUGGGAGAUCAACUGCAGUUUAACUUGGAUCACAAUGAUGGAGAAAGUGCUGCAUCAAGCACGGAUGGAGAAAAAAUGAAGAUGCCAAUUCAAUUCCAAAUUAACGGGGAAACAUAUUUCUACCAUGAAAAACAAUUAUCUUUCUGGAGUGCUGAGAAUGACUGUAAAAGAACGGGCGGCCAUCUUGCAUCUAUCCACACUGAAGACAUAAACAAAUAUGUGAAUGGUGUUGUACUUCAUUAUAAAAGUAAUGCAGACCGGACCUGGCUUGGAGGCUACAGGCGUGAAAGCUACCGUUAUUUUUAUUGGAUUGAUGGAUCAAAAUGGGACUAUAGCAGAUGGGGUUUAACUGAGAACUGGAAGAAAUCAAACCGUGAUACAUGUGUGCAAAUGGACCACAGAAAACAAGGAGUCUGGGUAGUGGCUUAUUGUUAUGAAUCACGACCUUAUGUGUGCAAACUGUGAGAAGUCAGGAAAAACUACGUCUCAUCAUUGCAUCUCACUGUACUUGAUGGAACUCUGUUGAAAGCUGAUGUCACAUGACUCAGUACAUUUUGACUGCUUUGUUAAUCAGCUGAGUAGCUGUGCUGAUGCAUUAAACCUUUUCAGUGACAACCUGCUUUUUUCUGAUGCUCUUUCCUGCAUUUGUUAUACAUUUAAUUUUGUAAUGCUCUCUCUCUCUCUCUCUCUGUCUCAUAACCCAGUAACUUUAUUUCACCUUAUGUAUUCAAACAUGGUGUUUACAUCUCAGCCUGCAGAUGGCACUAAUGGAAAAGUAAAUGAUAGACAAUUGAUACUGCUAUCUUAUGUAAACACCCGAAGCAUAUAAUUAUACAGAGUGUAACCAAAAUUAUCUAUUCAGGCACAAAGAAGGCUUAGAUGUCUCCAGCAGAUGCUUAUGACGAAUAGGUUCUUCACAAAAGUUUAAAUACAUGUAAACCAUGCCAUUGAUAGAAAUGUUCAUUUAAGAGGAUUAUACAGAAAUUUCUCAAAAUCUAGAUUUUUUAAAACUUUAUAAUUAUAUUCACUGCAUUUGGUAGCCAGUUGUCUUCUUCAUCUGCUUUUUAAUCCAGAAUUGGAAUGCUAAUUUGUAAAAAGCCUGGAAAAGUUUAUAAUAUAUCUGUAAACUGUAGACAUUUGCUUCCCAACCCCAGUGCUAAAAAAUAUGGAGCUUGUGUAUUCAUGCUGAGAACUCUGAAGUAUUUGAAUUAUGCCUGGAACCUUAAUAAAGCUUAGCUAAGCAUCAA